GCUGACAAAAAAUGGGUCUGCAACUAGCCGUGGCCGGGGAUUGGCAAGUUUGGCCCCCCGGAAGGACAACGCACAACCAAGGGACUGGUUACGGUUGUGUUUUGAGGCACGGCGGUUAGAAGAAGAAGAAAAUAAUAAUGAAAAGAUCAGUCACAGACCGAGAGUGGUCUUGUCGGCCAAUUGAGUGGGUUGAUUGGUUCCCCAACGGACGUGUAUACCCCUCCUUCUCUGCGUCUCCAAGUCUCUCCUUUGCUUUCUUUCCUUUUUAUUUUACGGUUUAUCCUGUCCCUCCUUGCCUAGUGUUUCAUUUGUCGACUAUACUCAACGUCUGGCCACCCUGUCAACCAGACACACUGACUCGGGUGAGUGAGUGGAUGGCUAGACUGGUCGGAUAGUGUCGUUUGGCGAGGGGAGUUUGGGUUACGAUAAAACGAAGAAAGGCAAAGAGAGAGAGAGAGAGGGAGGGAGGGAGAGAGCACCA